AUGUUCGCUCUACUUACCUUCACAUUAUCUCUUUAUGUUUUGAGAGCUAGAGCUGAUCUCGUACAACAUGACCCCUAUCAUACAUGCACAACUGAUGAGGAAUGCGGAAAACGCAUGGAAAAACUUUAUCCAGAUAUAAAAUUUGUUUGCUGUGCAACGGUGGUAUGCGGUUACGAAAACCCAUAUUUCUUGGAAAGCUCCAGCUGCUCAGCCGUAGACGAUUGUACAGAAGUGGCAUUUAAUGGAACGUCGCGUUUUGCCGGUCGAGCGCAUGCGGUUAAUUGGAAGGCCGUGGAAAACACUCGCACUGUAAAGGAUUGCCGAGAAACUGCAGAGGUUUUUAUGAAAAUGCCAGGAGUACAGCAUUCGACGGAUCGCACUAAAGCAUUCCCCAUUAAACGUACAGCCGAACACUUGAAGAAACGGAACCAAACCCAGACAACAUCGAAAUCUGACUGCACCCUAAAAUGCGCCAAAGACGAAGACUGCUGUACGACGAUUGAAUGUGAUGAAACAGCAGAUGGAAAAGGGCUUUAUACCUUGGAGCAAAGAUGUUCUCGCGAAUGCCCAACAAUCACGUAUAAUCUGGCCAAUAAUGCAUACUACCAGUUCUCAUCUGAUGACUGGACAAGUCGUGGUUCAUAUCAACGAUCAAAAAGCACCGGUUCGGUAGAACAAAACUGCCAAGAAACUCGCUAUUUUCAACGAUGGCUGGGCGAGAAGAAAGCGGGCGCUAAUGAGGCUCUU